AUGUAAGCAAAUUAGAGUGAUGUACCAAAAAGGGAGAUUUUGAAAAUAUUAAUAGCUGAAAGUAGUGAAUUCUAAAGUAAAUAAAUUUCAAAUUUUGAUAGGAUUAGCAAUGAGUUGUAUAUUAGAAUUCUGCGGAUUCUAAGUGAUCGCCUGUCGGAAUGGUUUAGAAGCCAGAGAUGAACUUUUAAAAAAUGAUAAUGAAGUCGAUUUAAUCCUUUUAGAUUUAUAGAUACCUAUAAUGGGAGCGCUUGAAUUGUUAACAAUUAUAAAAAAGUAUUUUUUAAAUGUAUUUUAGCAUUGAUAAUCUAAAAGAAAUUCCAGUUAUAAUUAUGGAUGUAGAGGCAGAAUAAAAUAUUGUUGCUGCUUGUUUGAAAGCUGGAGCUAUUGACUUUUUAAUGAAGCCAAUCAGCUUUGAAAAUUUUAAAAGUUUUAAUCAAUUUGUAAAGAAGAAACCCAAAAUUAAUGAUGUAAAUUUUGACUAUAAUAAAGAAUAAUUAAAAUAAUAAGGAAAAAUAUACAAUUGUAAGAAAAAUAGGUAGAGGAAAUACAUCUUCUGUUGAAUUAGUAAGAAAUUCUACAAAUUAAGAAUUAUAUGCAAUGAAAGUAAGAUAUUAAUUAAUUUAGAUUAUUCCUUUAUAUCUUAUGAAUGAACAAGAAAGAAAAUAUGCUGAAAAUGAAGCUAAUGUACUCAGAGUUUUAACAGCUCCAACAAUAAUUAAAUAUUAUGAAAGUUUUACUGAAAAUAAAUCAUUAAAUAUAGUAAUGGAAUAUGCAGAAGGAGGAUCUUUAAAUGACAAAAUAUCAGAAUAUUCUAGAUAAGGAAUUUAAAUACCUAAGGAUCAAAUAUUAGCAUGGUUGGCUUAAUUGGUUAUUGCUAUAAAUUUUAUGCAUUCUAAAAAUAUUAUUCAUAGAGAUAUCAAAACAUAAAAUAUAUUAUUAAAUAAAGGUUAAUUUAAUUAUUUAAUUUUAUAGAAUAAGUAAUUAAGUUGGGAAAUUUCGAAACUUCUAAAUAAAUAGGUAGUGAUAUAGAUUUUGAAUAACCUUUUUUUGGAACUCCUUACUAUAUUUCUCCUGAAAUCCUUGGAGGACAACCCCAUGGAAAAAAAUCUGAUAUUUGGGGAUUAGGAUGUAUAUUAUAUGAAUUAAUUAUGUUAAAAAGACCUUUUUAGAGUAAUGAAAUUGAAAUCCUUUUUGAAAUGAUAUUAAAUAAACCUUAUGAUAUGGAUCCAUCUGUUGAUUAAGAUUUUUAAUAAAUAAUUGAAAAAACAUUAUAAAAAGAUCCUAAAAAUAGGCCAACUAUCGAAGAUUUAGCAGCUAUUCCUUGUAUUCAUGAAAAAAUUAAUUAAUUUUAUAAAGAUCAUCCAAACGAAAAAUGAUAAACCUUGAAUUCUAUAG